AGUACUGUCAAAGAGGAAAAGAUGAUAGGAAAUAGGCUGUAGUGCUCUUUUGACUAUUUCUACGAUCGGUAUUGUAUUUGCUACUCUUUACCAGUAAACACAAGUAACUCUGUCAAAACAAGUCCUGAGGACGUUAUUUUACUAGCAACAUUUUAAAUAGGUGGAAGUCUCUCUAACAUCCAACUAAAAUGAGCAAAGACGCUGAAGUGGACAUGAAAGAUGUGGAAUUGGAUGUGAUAGAUCCUGAGAAGCAGCCGAUGAAUACUGCAUUAGACAACACAGAAAAGAAUGGCUGUGUGAAGGUCAAAGUGCCAGAUGAUCAGGAAAUUAAGUUCACCGGCCUCUCUAAAGAGGAGCUGCUAAAGGUGGCAAAUACUCCGUGCUGGGUCCGAACCCGCUGGGCACUACUAAUUCUUUUCUGGUUAGGCUGGAUUGGCAUGUUGGCGGGUGCUAUUGUUAUAAUUGUACAGGCGCCAAGGUGCAAGCCACUGCCUAGCCUGAAAUGGUGGCAGAAAGGUGCUAUCUACCAGAUAGGUGCAGUGGAGUCCUUUGACAAUACCAAAGGAGAUGGAACUGGUGAUAUUGCAGGAAUAAAAGCACGCAUUGAUUACCUGAGUUCAUUGAAAGUGAAAGGAAUAGUGAUCGGACCAAUUCAUCAGAACUCUGCUGACCUGGUUAAUGAUACCAAUCUGGAAGUGAUUGAUAAAAAAUUUGGUAAUGAGGAAGACUUCUUAAAUCUCUUGGAUGCAGCAAAGAAAAAAGGCAUUCAUGUGGUUCUUGACUUGACUCCUAACUACAAUGGCCAGAAUAACUCGUUGUUUGAUGCAGACAUAGCUAAGAAAGGAAUGGAGUACUGGCUGAAUAAAGGAGUUUCUGGAAUCAGGUUUGGCAAUGUGGAUACAAUACUGCAGAACCCAGAUGUUGUAGAAGAAUGGAAAAAUAUAACCAACAACUACAGCAGUGAGGGUAAAGAAAGGGUUCUUAUACUACAUGUGAAGAAUAUGGUUACCAAUAAUACAGCUCUUUUGAUGGACGAUGUGCUAAGUACUCUUGGGAAGGAGCCUGCUGCUGCCGAAGUAAUUACAAUGUUGAGUCGGCAUAUUGAAAUUGCUGGUGACCAGUGGCUGGGCUGGAUGGUUGGAGGUCGUGAACUUGGCCAUAUGGCAAGUAUGGUAAAAAACAGAUUGUAUCGACUGUACCAGAUAAUGUUGUUCACUCUGCCUGGAACUCCGUUUACAAACUAUGGAGAUGAAAUCGGAUUGGAGGAUACACAAGAGAAGGAUUCAAAGGCUAAGUUUCCUGUAAUGCCAUGGAAAUACCAGCAAAGCAUGGAAGCUGGACCAAGAUUUACAAACAAAACUGUUGAGGAUCAGGAAAAGGAUACAGAUUCUCUUCUCAACCUGUACAAAGCCCUGAGUGACCUUAAAGUCAAAGAGCGUUCUCUACAGCAUGGUGACUUCCAUAUUAUAAACAGCAAUAGUAACAUCUUUGCAUACCUCAGAGACUGGGACCAGAAUGAGCGAUUCUUAGCAGUUUUGAACUUUGCAGACACAAAGACCACUGCUGAUCUCGAUCGUGGCAGGUUACCCCUCAAGGCAAAAGUUGUUCUUUCUUCAGACCCCAAACGUCCAAAGGGGGAAAUUGUCUUGCAGAAUAUAGAGCUGGAUCCUUCUGAAGGUCUUCUGCUAAGUUUCCCUUAUGUUUCUUGAAUCUCUUUUAGGGUGCUUCAAAUCAAAGGGCAGAUUUUUUUAAUUUAUUUUCUGUUUUUGGGGGGGGGGGGCAGUCAUACCACUUAAGAUAUUUUUAUUGCAUGCAUAUUGGUGCAUUCCAUUUUAUAAAUAUGGCAACAUGGCUUUUGAAGUAGCCAUAAGUAUCAGCAGCUGUACAGCUUGCCACUUAAUUCAUUCCAUUGUUAAACAUUCCAUAAUGGUUAACUAUAAUGUAAAGAGUGGUGCAUGAAGCAUGACGCUUCAGUCAUGUUUCCAUGGCAUUCAGUCACAUGUGAAGAGUAAAGGUCUUUUCUUUGUUAAUACUGUAAACUGGGAGAGUUGGCAGUUUAACCAUUUACCUCCCUGUUCCAGAUGUCUGAAAUGCCUUUUUCAGAAAUGAUUUUAAUAUCCUUCUCAAGACGCAUAAACACAUUCUUGUUUAUAUAUAUUUGUUGAAUUCUGUCUAAAAUUUGCUUACAAAAUAGGAAGGGUACCAAGUUGUCAGUGAUUUUUCAUGGUUUGUAAGUUACCAGUAGCAUGACCGUUACUCAGUUCAGGACUUUUUCUGUUUGGGAUAUAUAUAUAUAGCAUCACUGUGCUCCUUUUCUAGAGAAUGUACCAUUUUAUCCCUUAAAGCUUGUGUUAAGUAUGCACAGUUUUAAAAUGGAUUUUUGAUGUGUGAUAACACUGAUAUUUGAGGUUCCACAAAUUUAAAACGUACCAGUGUUAACCAGUGUGUCUUGGUUCCCGUCAUUGCAUAAAGUUUCCUGAUUCCCAGUAUUGGAAUAAAACCAUAAACCACUAUGUCCAAGUUAAAA